AUGGAGCUAACCAUUAAAAACGUCUCAAGCCUUCUGGCUCUGAUGUGGAUUCUACAUACCUUGAUUACCUUCCUGAUAUCCUACAUCAGGGGCCGUCGCACCGGGUUCCCCGUCUACAUUGUUCCCAUUCGAACCAAGAGCGUGCUGUGGAUGCUUCUAAAUGUUCCUCUGGGACCGUACUUCGAGAAAUACCUGCCGGGAUGGAUUUACGAGCGGAUAGACAUUGUGUCACACGGUUGGGAGUUUCGCAGAAAAGCGGAGAUGCAUCAGCGACUAGGACCGGCGUUUGUCGUAGUCACACUGGACCAGUGUAUCUUGUGGGUUGGCGAUCCUGCGCUUGGCAAUAUUGUGCUGCAGCGAAGGAAGGACUUUAUACAGUCGCCGGUCAUCCAGCAGAUAAUGGGGUUUUUAGGAAAUAAUGUGCUCCAAGCAAAUGGCGACGACUGGCAACGACAACGCCGGAUCGUGGCACCUAACCUAAAUGAGAGGAUCAGCGAAGCAGUAUGGAAUGAAAGUUGUGAGCAAUCACAAGAGAUGCUCGACUAUCUGGCCAAACGGCCUGGUUCUCAAACAUUGAGCGGUCUGCGCUGCCUGGCUAUAAAUGUACUAGGCCGAGCAGGAUAUGGCCAAGCACAACCCUGGCUCCCUGAGCUUCCCGUUCACUCCAAGGAAGAAUUGAAUGGCCGAGCAGGGUAUUUUACUGCAAUGGCACUGAUCACGGAAAUGCUUCCGGACGCCGCUUUCUUGCCACACAAGUUGCUGCAGAUGUCAUUCAUGCCGCUGGCUCGUCAAGCUUUGGGUCGCCAUUUGGAGAAAAUCAGCCAAUACACCAAAGAUAUGUUGAAUGACGAACGAAAAGCUGCCAGGCACGAAUCCGGCCCUCGAAACAAUUUCCUUGGCUCUUUGGUGCAGUUUUCGGACCAAGACACCGGUGCCAAAUCGUCUUUGACUCUGAGUGAAGAAGAGAUCAGUGGCAACCUCUUUAUAUUCAGUGUCGCCGGGUUCGACACCACGGCUAAUACUAUGGGCUAUGCGGUGUGUCUAUUGGCAGCAUAUCCGGAAUGGCAGGACUGGUUGCGUGAGGAGCUUGCCGCGCUACCAGAAAUCUCACAGUGGAAGUACGAGGGAACAUUUCCCAAGUGCCGGCGCACUCUAGCUGUCAUGUUCGAAACACUACGUCACUUCGCGCCCGUGCAGCAUUCAACCCGAGCAGUCAGUGAAACACAGACACUAAUUGAUUCUGACGGCGCACAACACGUCCUCACACCCCCAAUGGACGUUUACGUCUCACAGCAAAGCAUCCAUUCUAAUCCCAGUAUCUGGGGCGCAGAUGUGGAAGAAUUCAAGCCAACCCGAUGGCUGGAUGACUCUGGGAAUAUCAUCACACCCCCGAAAGGUACAUUCCUACCAUGGUCUGGCGGACCGCGAGCUUGCCCUGGCAUGAAGAUGUCCCAGGUGGAGUUUGUGGCAACCAUGGCGGUGCUCUUCCGAUCGGGUCGUUGCGAACCCGUCGCAGAAGGUGGUAUGAGUCUGGAACAGUCUCGUAAAACACUACUUCGAGUGUUGUAUCAUGAGUCAAUUUCCAAGAUAACGAUACAGGUGAAGAAUCCCACGAAGGUGAGGUUAGCAUGGUACCAGGAGAUUUAA